AUGCUUGCUCGUGCUGGUUUACAACAAGUGGUUGAGCGAAUGUGUUGCUGCAAUGGCGCUCGAGAGCUUUUGCAAGAUUUCCAGCAGACCUCGAUGAACCGUGUGACGCUCCUCAUGCUGCUCGAGCUGCCUUUGCCAGUAUCUCAGAACACUUGA